AUGACGGUCGUUUUCAUAACGUUCAAAGUGGCACCAUCGCAUCGAUUCAGACGUGAGAGAUACGAUAUUUAUUGUGAUGUGGAAAUUUCUGUGGCUCAGGCAAUACUUGGAGGUACCGUUAAGGUGCCGGGUAUCGAACAAGACACCUAUAUUCAAAUUCCACCAGGCACUGACUCACAUACUCGAAUGCGGCUAACUGGUAAAGGUAUAAAAAAGCUCGAUUAUGCGGGUCAUGGUGAUCAAUACAUUAACAUCAAAGUGCAAGUUCCCAAACGUUUGAACGAAAAACAAAAAGCGUUGAUGUUAGCAUGGGCAGAACUGGAACCUACGCUCAAUGGUACUGUGAAUGAAGUUAAAGCCACUGUUGACGGUUUGUUCUUCUCAAUCGUUCUGCUCUGA